UGAGGGCUUCGCCAACUCUUUGGUUUCCGCGUGCUUAGAAGAAAAUGGACGCCGCGCAAGAAGCUCAGAAGAGGGAGGCAUUCCGGCAGGCAGUCGUCAACACACUCGAACGCCGUUUGUUUUACAUUCCUUCCUUCAAGAUCUACCGCGGCGUUGCUGGGCUUUACGAUUAUGGCCCCCCUGGUUGCGCCGUCAAGGCUAACGUCCUCGCUUUCUGGCGCCAGCAUUUUGUACGUGAAGAGAGCAUGUUAGAAAUUGAUUGCCCGUGUGUUACCCCAGAGAUUGUGCUGAAGGCAUCGGGCCAUGUGGAGAAGUUCACUGACCUUAUGGUUAAAGAUGAAAAGACGGGGACCUGUUACCGAGCAGAUCAUUUGCUCAAAGAUUAUUGCAAAGACAAACUUGAGAAAGAUCCUAAUCUUAGUGCAGAGAAGGCUGCGGAACUGAAACAUGUGCUUGCUAUGCUGGAUGACCUCUCCCCUGAAGAGCUUGGUGCCAAAAUCAAAGGAUAUGGCAUCACCGCACCAGAUACAAAGAACACCCUCUCUGAUCCUUAUCCGUUCAAUCUAAUGUUUCAGACAUCAAUUGGGCCUUCUGGGUUGAGCUCCGGUUACAUGCGUCCUGAGACAGCUCAAGGUAUUUUUGUGAACUUUAAGGACUUGUACUACUUCAACGGCAACAAGCUUCCUUUUGCAGCUGCACAGAUUGGUCAAGCUUUCCGGAAUGAGAUCUCUCCACGGCAAGGUCUCCUAAGGGUCCGUGAAUUUACAUUGGCUGAGAUUGAACACUUUGUGGAUCCUGAAGACAAGUCCCAUCCUAAAUUUUCCGAAGUUUCAAAGUUGGAAUUUUUUAUGUUCCCAAGAGAAGACCAGGUUUCUGGACGACAAGCAAGGAGAAUACAAAUUGGUGAAGCAGUUUCUCAGGGUAUUGUCAACAAUGAAACACUCGGCUAUUUCAUAGGGAGGGUAUACUUGUUUCUAACCCAACUUGGGAUUGAUAAAGACCGUCUACGGUUCCGCCAACAUCUGGCAAAUGAGAUGGCACACUAUGCUGCAGAUUGUUGGGAUGCUGAGAUUGAAUGCUCUUAUGGAUGGAUUGAGUGUGUUGGUAUUGCUGAUAGAUCAGCAUAUGAUUUGCGUGCUCACACGGAUAAAAGUGGGGUACCCCUUGUGGCACAUGAAAAAUUUUCAGAACCUAUAGAAGAAACUUGUGAUUACUGCAGUUAAGAAGGAGCUUGGCCUUGCUUUCAAGGGUAACCAAAAGAAGGUGGUUGAAGCAUUAGAGGCCAUGGGGGAGAAGGAAGCUAUGGAGUUGAAAGCGACUCUCGAAGCCAAUGGAGAGGCGGAAUUUCACGUUUGUACACUCGACAAAGACGUUACCAUAAAGAAAAAUAUGGUUUCGAUCUCCAAAGAGAAGAGAAAGGAACAUCAAAGGGUUUUCACACCCUCAGUGAUCGAACCAUCGUUUGGCAUCGGGAGGAUCAUAUACUGUCUCUAUGAACAUUCGUUUUACACGAGGGCCAGUAAAGAUGGGGAUGAACAACUAAACGUGUUCCGAUUCCCUCCACUGGUAGCUCCGAUCAAAUGCACUGUAUUUCCUCUUGUUCAGAAUCAACAAUACGAGGAGGUUGCCAAGAAGAUCGCCAAGUCAUUAACGGCUGUCGGGAUUUCUUACAAGAUUGACAUAACAGGUACGUCUAUUGGAAAGAGAUAUGCAAGAACUGAUGAACUCGGAGUUCCUUUUGCCAUAACAGUCGACUCUACAUCCUCAGUUACCAUCCGAGAAAGGGACAGUAAACAUCAGAUUCGUGUUAAUGUCGAAGAGGUGGCGUCUCUGGUUAAGGAGGUAACCGACGGUACUACCACAUGGGCUGACGUACAGUGGAAAUACCCGACUCAUUCGUCUUGACCGGCAGUUGCUGCAUUUUAGAUUAGUUUUACUACACAAUUCUUGUUUGAAUCUUAUUCUGAACUUCUUUCUUACAGUCUGAUCAGGUCAGUCAGCUAGACUAAUCAUCAGGAAGAAACUCUCCAUAAAUGUAUUCGGUUCAUUUUUGACGGAUCGGCAAUUUCACGUGAAUCGCUUUGAUCU